AUGGUUGAUCACAUCUCGAAACAGUAUAAAACGAUUACUAUCUGUCAUCCAAACUAUCCACCAUUUUAGGUUAUAAUCAAUGAAUAUUCGACUACAAAGGAUAUUUCAAGACAGAUUCAUUCAACCUGGAGAAUAAGUCCAAAAGAGUUGCGAUUAUUCAAUGCGAGUGGAAUCGAAAUCUUCUAAGAGGAUCUGAGAUUUUAACCUAAGCAAUCAAAGUUAUGGGCAACAUUGAAUGGAUAGGAACUUGAUUAAAACAUUAUCUUUCAAGAAUAUACUAUUAUAGAUUAAAUUGGAUAAGGAGGACAAGGUAUUGUGAUGCUAGGACAGCAUAAGGAGACCAAAGUGUACGUAGCCAUUAAGAUAAUAAAAGGAGAUGGAUUCAAUGCUGAUGAAAUAGAUCUGUUGUUUAGGGAAUCGCAAAUACUCAAAUAAUUGAGUCAUAGGAACAUAGUUCAUUUGAUUCAGAAUAUUAUGUUAAAUCAUGAAUGUAUAUUGGUUAUGGAACAUCUCUAAGGAGGUUCUCUCUUAGAUUUGGUGAGAAGGAAAGGAACUUUGGAGGAGAUCGAGGCUAAGAUUUACAUGAAAUAGAUCUUAGAGGGAAUAGAUUACUGUCAUAAGAAAAACUUGAUCCAUAGGGAUUUAAAGUUAGAGAAUAUCUUGCUUGUAUAUCCAAAUAGUAAUUAAAUAAAAAUUGUAGAUUUUGGAAUUGCAUGUGUUGGUAAGGAUCGGAUUCGAAUGGGCACUUUGCCAUACAUGUCUCCUGAAUUGAUAUCUGGAUUCCCAGCUACUUAACUUUCUGAUGUCUGGGCAAUAGGAGUGAUCUUGUAUGCAAUGGUCUUUGGGAAACUACCAUUUAGAGGGUCAACAAAGGAAGAAAUCAUUUAAGCAAUCAACAUAUUUAAAUAUACUAUUCCUCAGAAGGUGAGCAAUGAUUUAUUAGAUUUGUUCAAAUAGAUAUUCCAAUAUCGGAACAGGAUCACAGUCUAAGGAAUUUUGAAUCAUCGAUGGUUGAGUGAGAGUCACACUCUUCCUGCAUUGAGCUUGUUGAAGAUGCUCUAAGUCACUACUCCUCUAACAGUCACAACCAAGAAACCAAAAUAAAUUAUGUUGUAGAGUUGCAGAAAGAGUUCGAUAUAAAAGGAGGAAUCAAAAUCUAAUGUUGGAAAUGUGACUGCCAAGCCUAUUAAAAUAGUAUUAAAGUAAAGAUCAGGAAGAGCUAAAAGUUAAUUGUUGUUUAGCAAUUGA